AAACAGUGCGCACGUGCGCUAGGCUCUUCCUGCUGUGUCCCGGACGUGCAGAGGAGCACGAGCUCGAGCUUUGCAAAACAAAACAAAACAAGACAAGACAGAGUUUUGAUCAACUCCAGUGACCGGAAGUUGAUCAGGCGCACUGUUUUGCACAGUUAGCGUAUAACUGAUGAACUUUUUAACUGUUGUAAUAAUCGCAUGGAGAUAAUGCGUUUCCCUGCUCCGCCAUUCUGCGGCUUCUGUUUACACUUUAAUGUGAAUUAAUUAACUGGUUUACUGAUUAACUGGUUUAUUAAUUUACUGCUUUGUGUCGUGUGUGGGUGCUGACGUCAUGAUUUUAGAGACAUUAUCACGAGCAAACUUUGCUUUGCGCUCGAGAGUCCCGGUGAGAAGAGUGCAUCAUUCGUCUGAUCUUCCUCCUCCUCAGCCGGUUCCUCUGUUAGCUCAGACGCUGCAGCGCUACCUGCUGGCCCUGGAGCCGCUCUUACCCCCGGACGAGCUGCAGCACACGCGGAAGACGGUGCAGCGAUUCGGCAGUGCUGGGGGCCUCGGAGAGAGACUGCAGAGAGGACUGGAGAAACGCACCAAACACACACACAACUGGAUAUCAGAUUGGUGGGUUCAGUGGGCGUAUCUGGAGAGUCGUCAGCCCCUGGCUGUUCACUCCAACCCGGCCAUCUCACUGCCCCGACGUGACUUCAGCGACUGGAGAGGACAGCUGUUGUUUGCAGCGAAGCUCAUCUCCGCAGUGCUCGACUUCAAGAAUAAAGUGGACAGUGGGGGGUUACCUGUAGAGUAUAUGCGUGGCAGGCCGUUGUGUAUGGAGCUGUUUCCUCGACUCUUCUCGUCAUGUCGUAUUCCCGGGCCGAAGCACGAUAAUAUGAUUCACUAUGGCCGCCCACGCCGUGGCCCCACCCACAUCACCGUGGUGCGAAACUACCAGUUUUUCCAGCUGGAUGUGUACAAUAGUGAUGGCACCCCCCUCACUCAGAGUCAGAUUCACUCUCAGCUGUGCCGGAUCCGGGCUCAGUCCUGGAAAACCGAUAAAGAGCCGAUGGGCAUCCUGACGAGUGACCACAGACACACGUGGGGCCAGGCUUACACACGCCUACUGCAGGAUAAGAUCAAUAAGGAGUCGGUGAGGCUGAUAGAGAAAGGUCUGUUCACACUGUGUCUCGACUCGCCCGUCAUGACCAUCUGUGAUGAGAAGUACUCCAGCAGAAUGGCAGCUCAGAUCCUUCAUGGAGGCGGGACUUACUCCAACAGUGGGAACCGCUGGUUCGAUAAGACGUUACAGUUUGUGGUCAGUGAGGACGGAUCGUGGGGUCUCCUGUACGAACAGGCCACAGCUGAAGGGCUUCCAAUAGCCACCCUGCUGGACCACAUCCUGCAGUACUGUAAGAAGCCCGAGACAGUCCGAGCUCCUCUCGUUCCUCUGCCGAUGCCGAAGAAGCUUUACUUCUACAUCGACCGCGCCAUCAAGUGGGACCUGGAGAUGGCCAAGCAGAACCUCAACAUCCUCAUCAACGAUCUGGACAUCAGCUGCUUUAACUUCCUGCGCUUUGGGAAGGAGUUUCCCAAACAGCUGCAUUUAAGCCCCAACUCCUUCAUCCAGGUGGCCAUCCAGCUCGCAUACUACAGAGUGCAUGGGGAGGUGUGUGCCUCCUGCGACAUCGCAUCGCUCCGAAUGUUCCGGGGAGGACGCACCGACUACAUCCGCUCCCCGACCAAUCAGACGCUGAGAUUCGUCCAGGCCUUUGAUGACCCCGCCCUGUCUAGGGAGGUGAAGGUGGAGCUGUUGUGUGAAGCUGUGGAAGCUUACAGUCAGCUGACAGAUCAGGCGCUGAAAGGCCAGGGUAUCGAUCGCCACCUGCUGGGUCUGAAGCUGCAGGCCAUCGAGGAGGGAUUGAGCGUGCCCAGAAUGUUCAUGGACACGGCUUAUGGACUCGCCACGCACUGGAAACUCCGCACCGGACAGGUUCCCACUAACACGGACAGCGUGAUGUGUUUCGGGCCGCUGGUUCCGGACGGUUACGCCGUGUGUUACAACCCUCAGCCGGAUCACGUUCACUUCUCCAUCACCGCCUUCAACUGCUGCGAGGAGACCAACGCCGAGAAACUAGCCGUGACGAUCCAGAGCGCCCUCCACGACCUGCACGAGUUACUACUCCUC